UGUCUUUACAGCCUACACACAUAAAGCAGAGUUUGAUGGAUGCAAACACUGGCAAUGUACUUGAGAUCAGAGAUGUCUGAGAUUGCUGAUUACAUGAACUACACUGAAAAAGGAGGAGAGCGUGUAGAAAUGGUGGUGGACAUCUACGACAGCGUGGACGCUGUUAAAGAUUACAAACCUAAUGCAGAGACAGAAGCCUUGGAUGUAAAGAGCCUAGAGGCUGAACCCACAGGAGAAACUGCAUGGUGCAGACAUUACAGAUUGACUGCAGUGUGUGUUGUGAUGCUGUGUGUUCUCCUGCUGACUGCCAUCACAGUGCUGUGGAUCAAAUACAACAACCUGAAUAAAGAGAGAGACCAGUUACAGUUAGAGAGAGAUCAGUACCACCAAGAACUCUCUAAUCUGCACAGUGUCCUUUCAAACCUGGGAUGGAGAUUUUUCAGCACAAGCAUUUACAACAUUUCUACUGAAAAGAAGAAUUGGAACAAGAGCAGACAGGACUGCAGGAACAAAGGAGCAGAUUUGGUGAUCAUAAACAGCAGAGAGGAACAGGAGUUCAUCAAUAAAAGUUUUGGUGGUACUCAGGCUUGGAUUGGUCUGACUGACAGGGUAACAGAGGGGGAAUUUAAAUGGGUAGACGGCUCACCACUGAACACUAAGUUCUGGUGGGACGGAGAACCAAAUGAUUUUAAAAAUAGAGAGGACUGUGCUAUAACAGGCUAUGCAGAAGCUAAGUCUAACAUGUCAACCUGGGCUGAUUUUCCCUGUGACUCCUCUGUAGUUGGGAUUUGUGAGAUGAAAAUGUUUAACUGAGCAGAUGGGAGUCAGUCAGUGAAACUGAAAAAAAAAAGAAAAACAACUAAUUGAAGGUUGUGUCUGUGCUUGCUUUCCAUUUAUUCUCACAGCAGCCGCUAUCAGGUAGCUUGAAUGAUUCUGUGUAACAGUCUUCUGAACAUUUAAAAAGAAGAUUAAAUUUAAAUCUAUGUUUACUUACAUUCUAAAGAAGAGUGAGUUUAUGUUCUAAACUUGACCAAGAAACUUAAAAUAAUUAGGGAUGCACAA